GUUUGAACACCGCAUAGUAACAUAAGUGACAUUCGUAAACAAAGCAAGUUUAAAAUGGAUUCCACAGGAAAGUCACCAACCGAUCUUCCUGUCGUUGCCCCUGAUUGGAUGCGAGGAAGGGACUCGAACUAUUUCCUGACAACGUGAUUGCUCUACAGUAGUGUCAAUCAAGGCGUGGCCACGCCCCUUCACAUUGCAGCAUGGAGGAUAGAAUGUAACAAAUUUCAGGUACAGAAGCAAGGUAAUCUGUCUCCAAGAAAGAAAGGUCGUCCGUCCGGAAAGAUAAAAGGAAGUGAUGCGCCAUGCCCAUCGUGGAGAAGCUGAAAGAGGUGCUGAAGCCUGGCCGCAAGGACUCCGCCGACGAGGGAGACCUCAACCGGCUGCUGGCCUCCUCGGCCAAGAAGGUGCUGCUGCAGAAGAUCGAGUUUGAGCCGGCCAGCCGCAGCUUCUCCUACCAGUUGGAGGCCCUCAAGAGCAAAUAUGUCAUCCUCAACCCUAAGGCUGAGGGCGUAGCUGGACAGAAGGCCCCAGAGAACAUCCAAAUUAAGCGCCAGGCUCCAGAGGGCACAGUAACCGGGCAGGGUGACGGGAUCCCGGCCCCCCAGAAACUGCUGUUCCCCGGGAACAGACUCUCCUUGCAGUGGGAGCGCACCUACAGGGUGGGGGCCGGCCUCCAUAACCUGGGCAACACCUGCUUCCUCAACUCCACGGUGCAGUGCCUGACCUACACCCCACCCCUCGCCAACCACCUGCUCUCCAAGGAGCACAGCCGUGCCUGUCACCAGUCUGGCUUCUGCAUGAUUUGCAUCAUGCAGAACCACAUCAUCCAAGCCUUCGCCAACACCGGCAAUGCCAUCAAGCCGGUCUCCUUCAUCCGGGACCUAAAAAAAAUCGCCCGUCACUUUCGUUUUGGCAGCCAGGAAGACGCCCACGAGUUCCUGCGCUACACCAUCGACGCCAUGCAGAAGGCCUGUCUCAACGGCUACCCCAAGGUGGACAGGCAGACUCAAGCCACCACCCUGGUCCAUCAGAUCUUCGGAGGUUACCUCAGGUCACGAGUGAAGUGCUCCAUCUGUAAGAGUGUGUCAGAUACCUAUGACCCUUACCUGGACAUUGCGGUGGAGAUCAGGCAAGCGGCAAACAUCGUCCGUGCUUUGGAGCUGUUCGUUAAGCCGGACGUGUUGAGUGGCGAGAAUGCCUAUAUGUGUGCCAGGUGCAAAAAGAAAGUUCCGGCAACCAAGCGCUUCACAGUGCACCGGACGUCGAACGUGCUUACGCUGUCGCUGAAGAGGUUCGCCAACUUCAGCGGAGGCAAGAUCACCAAGGAUGUGGGCUACCCAGAAUUCUUGAACAUUCGGCCUUACAUGUCGCAGAACACAGGGGACCCAAUCAUGUAUGGCCUAUAUGCAGUCCUGGUGCAUUCUGGGUACAGCUGUCACGCUGGCCAUUACUACUGCUACGUUAAGGCAAGCAACGGUCAGUGGUACCAGAUGAAUGACUCUAUGGUACAUUCCAGCAACAUCAAGGUGGUUCUCAAUCAGCAGGCAUAUGUGCUGUUCUAUCUGAGAAUCCCGGAAACGAAGAAGAAUGCGGAGACGCCCGUGGUGAAAUCGGGAGCAGUGCAUUCUGGGAAAAGUGGCCCGACUGCGGAGCAGCUGAAGAAGGUGGCGCUGACUGGGCCGAGGUCAUCCCCCCAGGUGACGAAGAAGCUGGAGUCCUCCCAGCUGCGAAAGAUCCAUUCACUGGAUGGGGGGCUGGGAGUCCCCGUGCCCCGGGUCACCCCCAAACCGGCCAACGGCUCGGCCUUGACCUCGCCCACAGGGCCGACGCUCAUCCCUGAGCCGCCAAAGAAGGUGAAAAAGGCUCCGCCCCCGACCCAAGGCGUGUCCUCGCCCAUCACCACCAAUGGCGUGGGCCGAUCGGAUGUCGACAGGAGGCGCUCGCAGGAGAGCGUGGGAAUUGCAGCAUCUACCUCAAUGAAGUCCCUCUCCGAGUCGUCCGGGGACUCGUCCGAGUCGAAGCACGCCGGUGGUCCUCGGAGCGCUCCGGCUGGGGAGACGGGGUCGGCCACUGCCAGAAGCCUGAACGGGACGUGCUCUCCGCGCCGGGGCUCGGAGCCCCCCAAGCCGGUGGAUCGCGGGUCGGGACCCGGCGCCGAGGACAAAACAGCCAAAUUAAAGCCCCCGGCCAUCACCAACAUCGCGUCGGAGGCUGCCAAUCCCACCUCCCCACCCCCUGCGAAGAAACUCGCCCUGUCUGCCAAGAAGGCCAGGCCCAAUGGGAGUCCCAGCAGCAGUGAUGUGCCGCCCUCCCAGCCACGCCCCUUGUCCAGUGACCUCACGCUUUCAGAUCAUCCACCCCUGUUGGUCUCUACCCCGCCAAAUCACAAACCUCGGAUAGUUCCAUUUCAUUCGCUCAAGUCAUCAUCUUUGCCUGGACCCGCCUCCCACUCAGCCCCGAGCAGAAGCUCUCACCCUGUCCCCACGGAAACGAGCCCCCUGCCCGGACAAUCCUCCCUGGGGACUGGAAUGGGAGAUGCCCCUUUCAGCCCUGCACUGAAGAGGAAGAGGAGGAAGAAGAAAAAACGGCAUCACUCCGAGAUGGGCGAUGGGCAGCAACCACCACCGGGACAACCCGAGGCCCAGGAAGAGGAGACGUCAGUCUGUGAGGAGAGGAGGAAGAAGAAAAAGAAGAAAAGGAAGAGGGAGGAGGAGGAAGAGGAGGAGGGACCUGCUGCCUGUCCGGCCCAAGACCUCGUAUCGCACCUGGAGCCGCUGGUGGGCGAGCCCUGGAGCGUCACAGCUGACCCGUGGGAGCAGACCGGAGAUGCAGUAAGGCUGAAGAAGAAGAAGAGGAAGAGGAAACGUGACAAGGGAUUGGAGGAAGCCAUGAGUCCGUGCUCGGCCGCAGAGAGGCCAGCGGCGGAGGAAGCAGCGACCGAGACGAGCACAGUGGACGUGGCUGAACUGCUUCGGCAGAAACUGGAAAGGAGGAAGAAGAAGAAGAAGAUGCUGAAGGAGAAGAGAGUGUGUCCCAGAGACCCGGAACCUUCCCCUCAGGAGCCUUCUGAAGAGGUGAAGACUGCUGGCUGCAGUCAAGCAGCGACCGUGAUCGUCUGGGACAGCCAAGCCCGGGACGGGUACAAGCACACGCAGGAAUCGCAGGGCCCCAAAACCGCACAGUCUGUCUGGGACGGUGCCAGGACCAGCACGGUGGUGGAAGAGCUGCUCCGGAACUCCGAGGACAGAGCGUACGGGAGCCAAGUUCUCACCUGGGACGGAGAGCUUUCAGCGAUCAGCCGGGAAGCCAUGGAGGACGCACGAAACGCCAAGCAGGACACCAUGAUCGACGAGUGGGACGAGGAGUUCGACAGAGGCAAGGUGAAGAAAAUGAAAAAGUACAAGAAAGAGAGGAGAAGGAGUGGCAACAUCUUCCAGAAGGUCCAAGACCGGAGGAACAUGUGGUCCGUCACCGGAGGGAAGAGGAGCGGAUUCGGAUACCGCCACUGAGCCAGAAGUGUCCCAGACUCCCCCUUCCUGCCGGAACAUGGUCGAGCCUCUCCUGAAGAUUCCAGCUAGCCGCCGGGAUGUCCAGGCUGACGGGACGGCUGUAUCGUGAGCCGGUUCUGUUUAUCCAAGGAGCAGUGAUGGUUAACGGGGUCACUGGUGGGCACCUCACCCACCCCGAAAUACAUUGAACAGCAGCAAACGGGUUUACAUCAUACAGGGUUCCGUGCAUUACCGGCAUGGUGUCGGUGACGUUCCCUCCUACGGUGGACCGGACCCAUCGGUCGCUGUGGCAUUGUCUUAUUGCUACGAUCAUGCCUGCUGUUUCUCUCUUCAGCCGUGAGCUGCAGCGACGGAGCCCUGCGUCGAUUCCGAUAGAAGCUGAAAUUAAAUAAGGAAAUGACAACACUGAAGGCUGGACGCGUGUUUGAGGGUCUGGCCGAUGUCAUUGGGUGGCAGGUUCCCUACGGGACAGCAUGUGGCAUGAAGCGGUGGGCAAACGGGAAUCAACUUUAAUGCCCAACUCCCCUCACUUAGUCCCCUACUUUGUGUUUAGUUUCUCUCCUUUAUUGAAAGUCACAGAACACAAAUUUGACACCCUAGACGUAGAUGGACUUUGUGGUGUGACAAAGACCACAAUUAUGUCUUUCCCUCCAUCUCAGUUCAGCUGCUGUUGUGAUGGUUCCCUUACUGACACUCAUAUGAAGACAGCUACAGUGAGCCACACCAUAUCAAUGUGAGAUAUAGGGUUAUUUUAUAUUUUCAUAUCAGUUCACUGGAAUGCAUUCUGUAGAUGUGCAUAUAUGCAUAUAUAAUAUAAUAUAUAGACACACUAAAUGGAUUUGUAUUGAUAAACAGACGAUUGUAACGAUUUAAACGACAUUCACUUCUUCAUGUAGUGUGUUUCUUUUCUUUUCCUCUUGUGAUGUACGUGUUUGAUGCAUUUAAGCAUAUCUGAUUGAAAGCAGGGGCGGAUCGCGGCGCGUAAACAGGAAGCUGACCACGAAAGCAGCCGCCUGUCGGCCCGGAGAGGUUACCUCGGGUCGCUGGGGCUUUUUGAUCUUUGCAUCCGUUGAACAUGUGCGGAUCGCUCGAGCGAGGAAGAGUCUCGGUGUAUACCUUAUUCUGAGCCAUAACGAUGUCGAUUUUUCAUAAACUUACGUUUUUCACCCCUCCUCCCCUUUGCUGAAGCAUUGUGAAACUGUCAGUUUGAACCAGGGAUUACAGUUGUGGUUUGACUUCUUACCUUCUGAUCGGUUUAGCUGAAUGGUGUGUCUAUAUGUGACGGCGAUUUGACGAGAGGGAAACACCAAAGUUUUUUUUUUUUGAUGGUUUAAUGUACCACAUUUUGGAGCGGGGCUUUAGAAUGGAGUUGGAAUUUGUUCCCUUCAUCUACAGUUGCAGGCGUUUGUUUCCUCUGCAAUCUACCUCCCAUAUUUGUACACGUUUUCCGGCACAGCUCCUGCCUUCGGGAGAGCAGGUGUAAACUCCGCUUUCCAUUCGCUGUUGGGUCCAGCGCACAGAACGGAUCGGGAUUAUCCACGUCAUCAGGGAAAAUGAUGCAUGGGGGGGAAGAUUCCCAGUGAUUCUAUUGUCAUUUUAAAGUAACAUUCAUAUUCUAUGUAUAUUUCCUGUAUAUAUUUGAGUUACAAACGUGGCAAAUUAAUAUUUACGCGCUAUGGAUUAGUUGCAUACACACUUUCUACAGUUAUCCCCCAACCGUUAGUUCAGUAGCCCUUUCCGUCUGAUUGGUGCAGCUGGGAGGGCUGACUGUCCCUCCGCCGGCCUCCCCAAAGUAGGGAAUUAGCGGAGGUUCUGGAGCGGCUCAUUUGCGCGUACCGAGAAUCUGGAUCCUUCCGGUUUACUGUGUUGGGAAGCUCAUGCGUCGCGUAGACCUAGCAAGCCUUGGGUUUUCAAAACUGUGUUCCGGUUCCUAAUCUAUGCAAUUUUUGACUGCACGAUUAAACUGAUAACUUGAGAUUGUAUGAUGGUCGUACACACACACACACACACACUUCCCCCAAAGCCUACACCGACUGCUGUAUUACGAUCUCCCACAUUCUGACCAUUCAUGCUCUCCUACUUCACAAACAUCUCCGGGAUCUUCCAUGGAACUGGGCAAAAACUUAUUACCUGUGAAGUAAUGGAAUAAAUGCUUUGCUAGUGUAUAUCUCAUACAUGCACAUUGUGCUUGUGAUACCAGUACAACAAAAUGCAGUUCGGAUAUUACAAUCAUUUGAACCAUUUAAACUUGAGGUAAGAAAUUUAAAUGGGUUGUUGGGCUGUAAUUUUAGAAUUUAACAAAAAAGUGUUCGGGGGGUAAACGCAAUGUAUUUGGUAUUGACCUCCUAUGCCUUUACUGUAGUGCAGUACAGUAAGCAACUUGUGGAAACACAAAUCGUGUGUUCGGUAGAUUGUAUGAAUGUUUUGUGUGUAAUUAUCGGGGAGUAGAAUUGUUAAGUAUUCAUAAGUGACCCUUUUUUUAAAAGAAAUUCUGAUUCUAACCCAUGUAUGUAGUUUGCAUUGUAUUUUGCACAGUUUCGGAUUUAAAAAAAUACCUUUUAUUAAUGUAGGAACUAUUGCAAAAGAAAAUACAAACGUGCAAUAAAAUUCUGUGAACAUGUUUGUUCGA